UGGCCAAGGAUGUCCUCGGAGGGGGAAGCCGAGGCGGCUGCUGAGAGCGGGCCGGGCAGCACCUCCGCGCCGGGGGCCGCCGCCGCCGGGAGGGAGGAGGCCUUAUUACUGAUGCCUCAUGCGGUGCCCAGAUUGGAUCACAUGGUGGAGGAACACUUCUACCCAUCAUACACGGACAGCCCUAGCACAGCCCUGCAGGCUCCUUCCUCACUGCACUAAUGAGUAUCUGACCUAGGAGUUAAUUUGGCAAUGGAAAGCAAUAAGAGGUUGUACUCUGACUCUUCUCCUGCAGUUGUCUUCUCUCUGGUCACCCCAGACUUCUUGGGCCAGUCUUUCACCAGGAUCACCUCAGGAGCUGGAAGAUGAUAUCUGCACCCACAUCUGUUGUGGCUGCCUGGGACAGGGGGUAGAGAUCUCCUUGCUCUUCUUGCAUCAUCCCUGUCCACUGCACAAAUGGUGAAGCCUUUCUCAGCACCAGAGGUUGGUCCUGGUGGCAGAGCUCACCUCAGUUACGGUUAAUGAUACAGCCUAGGGCUUGCCUAGCGAGGGCUCAGUGGUCCUCUCUGUGUUAUGUACUGCCAUGUCCAUCAGGAGGUGGAACAUUCUCUCCUGCCCUGCGUUGACCAAGAUGGAAGAGUGUCUCAUAGUUAGAGACAAAAAUGUGCUUUCAUUCAGGCAGGUCACCAUCAUCCAGGCAGGUCACCACCUGCCAAAGUGUGGGACUUGUGGUUAUUGAUUAUUCUUUCCCUUUCAUGUAUCUCAUUGGUAUAUAUUCAUCACAAGCAUAAAUCUUCAGAUACAAAUGCAAUUACGACUGGCAUUAGUUUAUCCACCACUUUUAACUCAUUCUUCUCUUUUCUUCCAGUCCCCUUUCAGUGUUUCCCCCACUCUUUUUUCCCCGUGGACGGGAAGAUAAUUCUUACUAAAUAAAAGAGGAAGAAAGAAAAAUACAAGAUUUACUCUUUGCUCACAUGAGUAAUCCUGAGCUGUGGGGUCAUUUUGUUGCUGAAGACCAUGAUAAAUUCACCUUGUAGCCCCAAAGCCAGGUCUUGGUAGAGAGCAGGAGCACGCUGUGAUGCCGCACAUCUUGCUGAGACACAGCUGCAGCGUCAGCCCUGCAGCACACUGCCACCUCCAUGGGAGUCUCUGCCCCAAUUUAGCACAACCUUACCCCACUCCCCCCAGGCUGUGGGGAGGAGACAGAGGCAUAGAUCUGGUUUUUGGAGGAGUUCCCAGCAGCGAGAAAGCAGCCAUUCAGGAGUAGCUGCUUUCCAGGCUGUGGAUGGGCUGGGAGGACUGCUGCCUCGUACGAUGCUUUGGUGCUGUCAGGCUCAGUGCUUCUCCCGUUGAUCCUCACCCAGGUCUUUCCUCUGGUCCCAAUUCCCUCCUGCCCCUUCCCAGGCUGGCUGGUGACCAUCCCCAUCUGCAGGCGCCCUCCCCCUGCCUCGGAGGCACUGGCAUUCAGAGAGAGGGUGUCUAGGCUAACCUUUUCUUUCCUUCAACUCUUCCCACUCCCCGCCGUGUUUCCCCCUCAUUUCUCUAUUUCCAUUCAGGCCACGUCUUCACUACCCUCUGUUUUCCCUCAUUCUUUCAUUUUAGAUGUGAUAGCAUUUUGCUUCAGCAAAAUUGCAGCUCCUGAGGUCAGCCACCAAGGGUAAACACACUUACACAUGGGGUUUAAAAGGACAGGAAAUGCUUUUGGCAUGAUUUCUCCAAAGGAGAAUUUUAAAAUUGGGGAACCUGGAUAUCUGACUGUGAACCUGACACGGAUAGUCAAACUUGGGCCCAAAACUGUCCACAAAACAAACAUUAGGAUAAAUUCAUGCUGUGGCAGCAUAUUUUCUGCUUAGACAGCUCGUGCUGGAUUUUUCAAGGAGACUGAAGCAUGAAGUCUGACAGAAGAGGAAAAAGCUGUUUUGUCAAACAUAGAAAGCUAUGGAGAAAUACAACGCCCCGUGAAGCAGUCCCUGAGCGCCUGCAUGUGCCGAGAGUCCCACUGGAAAUGCCUUCUCCUCUCCAUCCUCAUGUACGGCUGCCUGGGUGCGGUGGCCUGGUGUCAGCUGGCUCGGGUCACCAAGCUCAGCUUUGAUAGCUCCUUCAAGGGCAAGUCCAUGGUCUACCAUGACAGCCCGUGCUCGGAUGGCUAUGUCUAUAUCCCACUGGCCUUCCUCUCUAUGCUGUACGUGGUGUACCUGGUGGAGUGCUGGCACUGCCACGUCAAGAGAGAGCUGCAGUACAAGGCAGAUGUGGACAGUGUCUAUGAGUGCAUCAACCGCAUGCAGCAAGCCACUCCCUGCAUCUGGUGGAAGGCCAUCAGCUACCACUUUGUGCGGCGAACCCGGCAGGUGACCCGGUACCGCAAUGGAGAUGCCUACACCACCACGCAAGUCUAUCACGAGAGGGUCAACACCCACGUGGCUGAAGCUGAGUUUGACUACUCUCACUGUGGAUACAAGGACAUCUCCAAGGAGCUCCUGGGCCUGGAAAGCUACACAGCCACCAAGCUGAGGUUCACUAAGUGCUUCAGCUUUGCCAACAUUGAGUCUGAGAAUUCUUACCUGACUCAGAGGGCUCACUUCUUCACAGAGAUCGAGGGGCUGGAUGACUACAUGGAGGUGAGGGAAGGCAUGCAGCUCAAAAACGUGGACUUUAAAGACCUCAUGAUGGCCUACGGGGACCCGGAUCACCUCCCGUGGUACGUGUCCCACUAUGCUUUCUGGGUGUCAGCCAUCCUGAUGAUCUCGUGGCCGCUCAGGGUACUCAUAGAGUAUCGGACUGCUUACGUCCACUACCACGUGGAGAAGCUGCUGGGCCUGGAGUACACGGCGCCCGUGGCAGCGGAGGAGCCCUUGUACCGGUACCGCAUGCCCCGAGAUGCCACGCAGGACAGCACCGAGCUGGAGUGGCACAUCUGCACCAACCGGCAGCUGAUCCCCAGCUACUCGGAGGCCAUGCUUAUGGACCUGGCCGACUCCCCGGCCUACAACAGCUACACAGUGUGCCGGUACGGCGAAACGGCCCACGGCUGCGAACGCUGCAACCGUGCCUCCAGCACCUCCUCCAUCUUCUCACGCCACGCUUUCCACAGCUGCAGCGGCAACUCCCGCCUCUCCCUCAACACCAGCCGCUUCUCCCUCUGCCGCGUCCACGGCUCCCACAGGACAGGCCUCUGGAGGAGCCGCAGCAGCAGCAUCGCGGAGCGGGGCUGCCAGGACGAGCAGUGCUGCUCCUACUCCAGCCAGCUGGCUGUCAACGAAAACCCCCCGACCUACCACGACGCCCGCUUCUUCCCCGUCCUGAUUGUGCACAGGCCGGAGGGGCACGACGGGCGGCAUUUCUACGUCAGGCGCUCCUCCUGUCUAGAAACCUCUCUGUGACAGGCCUCCGUGGCUUUUCAGCUCCUCUGCCCCGGGACAGCGCUUGCAGAGGUGCCGCCGGCAUGGAGCCUGCACGCCUUGGUCUCCACAGCGAGUCAGCAGGACGAGCUUCAGCUCUUCCCCCUGCCAUUGCAAGAGGACGUAGUCGCUCUCACCAACAGCCAACCUCAUUUCCAAGAGCUUCUCGCCCUCCUUCACCUGGUCUCCCUAGUCGUUUGUUCCCCUCUUCCUUUCACUCUUUCACUCCUCACCCUUUCUCUGCUCCUCAGCUCCCUGCCUCUCCUCCCAUCCCACCCACAGUCUUUUUUUUACAUUUCAGUCACAGCAUUUGACCGCUGUUGCCGCUGGAAGAUUUAUAAAGCCUGUGCUUUGCAGUAUAUUUUCCCUCUUGGGUGCCCUGCAAGGUAAGAAACCCAGAUAGAGCAAAGCAAAAGGCACACGGCCAGGCAGUCAAGUCAGAAGGAGAAUUCAGAUCUGCAGGCGCUGAGUCACGUCCCGCAAACCCCAGACAAGGUGCUUUUAAAGUGUAUUUUAUUUACUCCAGUCUUUUUUCUCUUCUUCUGUCAUUUAUUCUCUCCUUUCUUCAUGUUCUACUCCUCUGGAUUUACCCUCAUCUUCCUUUUUUUUUUCAGUUUUCUCACUUUCGCUUCCCAGUUUUUCCAGGGUUUUGCCCAUGAGGAUGUCUUUCAGGGUGUAAUUGCCUUCCAUUGGGCAAAAAUAAGGUAUUCACGGCACAAAUGUCACUAACUGCUGACACAGCCACAGACUACACCCCUGAGAAGUGCUGAGGACUUUCUUUCCAGAGCAGUGACAUACACCAAUAAAGCCCUUUGCUCCCUUUGCCUUGCUUGCUCUGCAGCAGAGACACUGCUGCGUUUCCAGCUGUAGUUAACCCUGUCCAGCUCCACCCCUGUUAGUAAUCGUUGAGAGCCGUAAUGUAGAUCAGUACCCUGUUAGUGCCACUAUUUUUAGGACUAUGGGUCUGGUUUGUGGUCGUUUCAUUCCUACCACUUGCUCAGAGCAGCAGGGGCUGGACAAAGGGAAGGGGCUGGUGAGGGAAAGGUAAAUGUGGUAAUAGGUAAAUAUAGCAUUAACCCUCCCACUGACAGUCUGGAGUUGUUAGGAAGCUCUUCCACCCACAGCGUCUAUUAGAGCAGUUGCAGGACUGCUCUGUGUGAUCUUUCAGCUUUUACAUGUGCCCUGGGGAGGGCUUUUGGCCGGUAGCCCACUGCCGCCUUCCCCCCUUCCCGGGGCGAGAUGCAGUGCCACCCCAGCCCUGGGCAGGGAGCACAGCUGGGAGACAGCCCCACUGGCUGCUCCUGCUGGGGCUCCAGGCUUUUCCCCCGGAGCAGGUACAGCACCUUCCAGAAUUAGUCCCAGCAAUGCCAAACCCAGAAGGUGUCCGGUCCCAGCGGAGCGGACUGCUGCACUCUGUGCCUUCCUGGCCCACCCAGUGACCCCCCCGACAGCCAGGGACAGACCCAAGAAGCUUAUGGCCACACUGAGGAACCCACCAGGGACCUCGCACCUGCCAAACCUCCGUCCCACAAGGGAUGGUCAUAUGCUGAGCAAGCCCCGUACCAUUUUAUCGUGUGGAUGGUGGAGAAUAUUACCCACCGUGACUCACAGGAGAAUGCAAUAUGAUCGCAAUACAGUCACUUUCAAAAGCAAAGUGUUGUCACAUCCUACAGCAAGUAGGUAAGAAACCCAGCUCUCAGAGGGGCUGCCAACACAUGCUUCCUCCCAAGUCUGUUCUGUGUGUAUCUACAUGUAAUACAAGAUUUGUAAAGUCAUAUUAGUAUGUGUAGAUUAUAUAUAAUUCUGCAUACUUAUAUGGUGAUUUCUUACGGCAUUGACUGUUGCACCAUGUUAAAUACAUUUUGUUUUGGU